AAAAAAAAAUCGGUUGAAAUUUAAGAAAAUGGCUGAGCAACGAGUCAACGUCCAUAUUCCUUCCCGCCCCGUCGUCCUCGACAGCGUCCGCCUCCAAAAUAUCCAACUCCCUCUCCCUGCUGCCCCGGAUCCCUGGCACCGCCCCGGAAAGUCCCAGCCCUGUACUGCCUCGUUGAAACUCUCCUACUCGUCUGCCGUGGCGUCCGCGAAUGCCGACGAUGUCUCGCUUUCCCUGGACUACGGCAAGCUCUACCGCCGACUGGACGAGGAUAUAAAGCAUAUGGGGAGAGACAGCAAACAACAGCCGCAGCAACCUGAACCUGUUUCGCCUUGGUAUCACCGCAUGAUUAGCGUUGAGGGCGGUCGUCGGGAGGAGAUGCUAGGAGCGGAAGUCGGGCAAGAUGUGAGGCUGACGGCGGGGAUUGUUGCGAACUGCGGAUUGGGAUUGUUAGAGGAGACGGCGGCGGGGGUGCGACGGAUGGCCCAUUUGCAGCAGCAGCACCAUCAUCAUCAUCAUGAUCGGAGGAGAAGCAGCGCUGGGGAAGCGGCGGUACAGCAAGCCACUGCCCUGUUAAAUGCUGGAGUUUCGGGUGGUGCUGGGGGUUCUGGGGUAAUAGUCGGAGGGGUAGCGGCAGCGAUUGACGAUGUCUUUGGACAGUGUGAGGUUUGGCUGCAUCUACCCAAGGCUUGUUUGCGAGCGGAGAAUGGGUUGCAUUAUCGGAGUGUGACGGUGUGGGGGUAUCGAUCGGGGAAUACCAGUACGAGUGUUGCUGUUGGGGAGGCCGUCGGAGAGUCCGAGCGGUGCCCCGUGGUUCUGGAGGAGGAAUUCCGGAUUGAGGGGAUCCGGUGUUACUGCAUCUUGGGCGUGAAUUCGCAUGAGAGGGUUGAGAAGCAAGCCGUGAUUAUUUCCCUGGAGUUCAAAGGUCCUGGGCAGUUGGCAUGGGGUUCGACGGUGGUGGAUACCUAUCAGGCUAUGACAAGGGCUGUUGCUGAGCGCGUCGAAGAAACAUCUUUCCAAACGGUCGAGGCCCUGGCGACUUUCGUGGCGCGCAUCGUGACAGUGGACUUUGCGAAUGAACGGGUGACUGUGAAGGUUGAGAAGCCGAGUGCGAUGCCAUUUGUGGAACGGUCUGGGGUGGAAGUGACGCGUUCCCAGGCUUUCUUUGACCGUUGAUUUAACCUGCCUAGGUAGGCCUACCUACUCCUUUCUAUACUAGCCUGCCUGGCUCAGGAGUGACCCUAGGUUAAGAGGUGAUUUCAAGCCCAGAUAUGGAAUGCUUCAGAAAGGCCUCGCAGACCCGGUACUCUCUGCAUGGCAACUAACUCUAUGACUAUCCCCAUGCCGUCUUCGUAGUAUCUACAUUGAAUUGUCUGUUGGGAGGGGAGAUAGAUACCUAGGGAUUCUACCCGAGGACUUCAUAUAUAGAAAAUCAGCUGAGAUCUAGG